AUGGCUAGUGCUCUGAAAUCUCGACCAGUUGCCCGGCUGACUGGAUUCAGGUAUCUGAGUGCCACCGCAACCCUUCUCUUCAUAUCCUACCAGAUUCAUAACGUCGUUUCUUGGCUGAAGAUUCGACCUUUUCUUCCUAAAUGGGGAAGCAGAUUCUUCAUCCUAUCCCUGGUGGCUGUUCAACCAUUCUGGAUUGCCGAAGCCUGGUCAAAUUUCGAGUACUUUAAUGGGUUGGGAAAUAAUGUCAAUGAAAAGAUGCGACCUUGGGAAGCCCUUGUUAGGGACCCGUGGUGGAUUUUCACUACUUGGAAAUUGAUCGAUUCUAUCAAGGAAACCUACGGCUUCAAAUUGUGGAACCUGGUUCGGAUAAACUCCCGAUUUGGAGUCAUGCUUCUCUGUAUGUUCCUCUCGAUCGCGUUCCUUACAACGGAUAUCUUUGUUACUGCGCUCCGAGUCACCAAGGAUUCUGGCAUCAACCCAUACUGGCGGAUGGCUCUUGUCUUCAAGUGCGCCUCCGACACCAUCUUCCUAGACGAUUUCAAAUCUGUUCUAGACGACAUUGUCACAAAGUCAUUUAGUAGCCAAGGAGGAACAAUACAUCGAGGUAGCCAUGCCAUCCGUAGGAGAUCUACCCAUCCCGAAGGUCCUGACUUUAUCGAAUGCGGCCCAAUAGCCAAAAUUACAUCCCCGCAGCCAGCCGCACACUCCCGGAGUCUAACCCCCCUUACUACCCGCGGAAAUAACAGGGUGAUCCCUAAGAUCCACGUUCAGCGAGAGACAACGGUAACAACAGAACUUCGGAACCCAAGCCAGGAAAGUUUUGGUAGUAACCACAAGAUUCUUCUAGAGCCGGAGCCUACUAUUUACGUUCCGAGUUAUGAUAAUAGCAACUUUACGACGCAAUCUUCCAGUCACAUGAAUUCGGGGGCCUGAAUCUAAG